AGCACCUGCCAUAACAAAAUUAUUUCGAUGCUGAGACCGCCUGUGUUUACCUCAUGAGUUCAUGCAACAGAAAUGUGCGUUGUGCAUGAUAUGACUGCACACGGACGUUUUACACACUGUUGUUUAAGUUGAAGUGAUACAGGUCAUCAGCGAGAUGUAAGGUCAUCAUCAGUGAUGUCCUAGACUAAACAGUGCCGACACAGCCAAACCAAUCUCCACGGUCCUGACAGUCAUGGCCACAACAGUGUCUCCAUCAUCGCCCACGCCUGGCAACCAGUCUAGCAACACCUCGACCCCCACAGACAUAAUGGUGGUGGGAUGUCUUGGCAGCUUCCAGACUGUUGCUUGCAUCAGGAACAGUGUGUUGACCCUGCUGGCGGUGAUCACGGCGUUCCUGUGUGUGAUGAAGGUGGCCAAGCUCCACAUGGUACAGCACCAGGCCUGCCAUCAGUACAUCAUCUUCUACUGUGCUUCUCUGGAAUGUCUCCUGGGAGGUGUCCACUGGGUGUUGGGUGGCUUUGCUCAGCUGGACUUCGUGCUCCAGUGGCUGAAGCUCCUCCAGUUCCUGGUGAUGUGCCACUUCUACUGGACACUGGCUACCAGGGCUCUACGAAGGGAGAAGAUAGCAAAGAGAUUCUUGACUCCAUUUCUGAUGGCAGCGUGCGUGUACUUCACCGUCAUCACCGCGCUGGGCAUCAUCAACGUUCAGUCUACGCACAUAGAGUGCCUGCAGCCCUACUGGCUGGAGCUGUCGGCCGCGGAGUUUGUCAUCGUGCAGCUGUUUGCCGUGGCUGGGUUCUACAUCACACGACGUCUCAACGAAAUCAGCACCCUCGACUCCGUCAGAUGGACACAGAAGAGAGACCUCUGGUGCAUCAUCGUGGUGUUUGAGAUAUCCGCCCUUGUUGGGUUCAUCUAUGACGUCACUCUCCAGAUCAUUGGAGAUGAAAGCAAAGGUUGCAGUGCAAUAUUUCUCUACACUCAGGAACUGUACUCCCCAAUCUUCGUUGUCUUCACGAUGCUGAAGCUGCUGGUUCCAAUCUGGGUGAUGCUGUUCGUGUUCCAGGCCACGCCGCCCUCGGCCAGUGACCGAGAGGACCUGCUGCCGGCAUUCAGUGAUGACGGGACGUACACGUCGGUGUUCAGCGAGGACCAGCAAUACCGUCAGCUGUACCACCCCACGGAGGACUACCGCAGCACCAUGAGCGACACAUCACCAUCUUCCACCAUCCCCAGUGUCGCCACGGCAACCGGUGUCCGCCGCACAGCAUCCAACCUCGAGCCAAUCAAAGAGGAGAGCAUGGUGGCCGCUACGCCUCCUGUAGCUGACGCCCCAAGCUCCUACCCAAAAUCAAAGUUUUAUAUCUAGAGAUAUAUUAUUAAGGAAGUUCGAUCUGCCAGUGAUAGUGCUAGCUAAAUUGGGAACAGGUGUGUCUGUAGUUAAGCAAUAUAUGUUUUGAACCAUACAACCUUAACAGGGCCUCAUUAUUCAUAUAUACCAGGACAUUUGUAUUUUGUAAUACACACAGGAGAGUUAAUUGCAGAUGUAGGACAUUCUGCUUGCUUUGUAGAGCAAUAUAUGUGUUUUGAAUCACAUAGGUUUAAGCAUGCCUGAAGUCCUUCCUUACUACUCCCAUUGUAUCCCUAGUAACAUUGAGAUGUUUUUGUUGUAAGUAAACAGUUGAACAUGUGAAUGUCAUCUUCCCGAGACAAGAGAGUUAACUGACUUUAAAAGUCCAGUUUCCACCCUUGCCGAACUCUGCUGGAAUUCCUGGGUCUGAUCGUAGCACCACCAGUGGUUAUUACGAUUAUGUCCCU